AAAUGAUGAUAUUAAUAAUUCAUUAUUAAAUGUAAUAAUCUUCCAAUACGAUUACAAUGUAUUACAUAAUAAUAUGCAUAGAUAAUUAUCACAAUGAUAUUUAAUAUUAUAGUUAUUACUUUAUACAUGUGUGAUUCUUGAAAAACAUUUAUAUCAGGAAAUACUUGCUAGUUAUCAUAUAAUAAAAUUAUAUAACAAUUAGAUAUAAUCAUAACUUGACAUUAUAAUAUAUUGUAAAGUUAAUGUUUUAAAAAUUAACAAUGAACAGAAAAAACUGGUUGAUAGUUGGUAUCUCGGGAGUAACAUGUAGCGGAAAAAGUACCUUAGCUAAAGAACUACAUAGAAAGUUAGAUGAUUCUAUUGUAAUACAUCAAGAUAAUUAUUUUUUACCUCCACAUGAUCCAAGGCACAUUAAAAUUCCAACAUUAAAUCAUAUUAACUGGGAAAUUUUAUCAAGCUUGGAUAUGAACAAAAUGUAUUCGGAUAUUUUAAACUUAAUAGAGUCUAAGCCAAAAAAAUCGGAUAAAUCUGAAAAAAAGUUAAGACGAGUAUUAAUAUUAGAAGGUUUCUUAUUAUUUGGGUUUAAACCGAUCUCAAAUUUAUGCGAACUUAAAUAUUUUCUUACGUUGACCAAAGAAGAGUGUUGGAAACGUAGGAGCAUCAGAACAUAUUGUCCUGCUGAUGUUCCAGGAUAUUUUGAUGCUUUUGUUUGGCCAGAAUAUUUGAAACAUCUAUCAGUAAUUACACAAGAUGACCAGGCAUCUAUAGAAUUAAUUUUCAUUGAUGGAACAAUGAAGUCACAUGAAAUGAUUCAAAUGGUUUUAUCAAAAAUUCAAGAUUUGAUAGUAUGUUAAAACAUUAAUAUACUAUCAUUCCUAAACAAAUGCUUGUAGAGAUUAGUUUUUGCAUUAGCAAUUACAACUGUCGUACUUUAUCAUAAGGAUAAACCAAAAGAAAAAGAAAAACGAAGAACAAAUUUAUUUCUACUUACAGUUCAAUAUAGAUUAACAAGAAUCAAUUAAAAAUCUUAAGUUUAUAUUUUUAUUAUUAAGCACAAAAUUAUUUGCGUAACAGUUUACUGUUAUCGUGUUAUUAAAGAUAUUACAUGCUUUGGUAAUUUCAUAUUUGAAACAUCUAAUAUAAAAAGACACUUUCAUUUUUCACUGUAAAAAAAAUAUAUUACUUACCUGAAACUUUGAAUUUGUCUAAUAUAUAAAUGUAAUAAAGGAAAUAUAAAUAAAUUUGUAAAUCGCUCAAAAAGAAAUAAUAACUAAGAUCAUACUACUAAGUACUAAUUUUGUAACAUUUAGAAAGCUGUACUAUUUCAAUAAUUUAUUAAGUUUACUUUUAGUGUUAAAAAUGCUCAUGUAUGAAACAGCGUGUAUGUCCUUAUUUUUCAAAACAAUACGACCUCUCGUGGAUAACUACCACAAUAUUUUAAUCAUACUACGUAAUUUUACUUAUAAAGCCUGCUUCAGAUGUUAAUUCUUUCAUGAUAUAUUUUAUAUGCAAAUUAAAACAAACUCAAUAAUAAUUAUGAGAUAAAGCAUAUUGGUAACUUUAUACAGAUACUGUACUACACUUCUUUUUUAUUAUCUUACGUUUGUUUUUGUUAUAUAUUGUUUUUAAAUUGUGUUUUAUACGUAUGAGCGUCAAUACAACUGUUAAAGAAAAACUCUAGAAUCGAUGAACUGCGAUUAGUUUCAGCCUUAAUUUCUUAUUGUUUAGAACUUUACAAGUUGUUAAUCGUAGUCUUGUAAUCUUUGUACAAAAUAGAUUAUUUUAGCCAAA